CUCUUGUAGGCGGCCCACUUCACACGCUCUUUGUAUCUCUGAGGAUCUGGGGUGGGCAGCUUUACUCCACUAUUAUUUUUUUUUAAAAUAUAUUUUAAAUAUUUUAAAAGAAAUUGAAAUAUUUUGUUUUGCAACAUUUCAUUGCUCAUCGUGUUUGGAUUGCUUUCUAAGCGUAUAAUGCGAUCAAUUUUUAUGUCAUUUCUUGGUUUGGGGUGGCGAGGUGGAGGUGACGGUAUGUGUAGGGGGAUGUGCUAGUUGUGGUAGUGUUUAAAAAUGCCCUACGUUCAGAACACCUGACGGUCCCCAUGCCCCAUGGUCCCAAUGCCGCACGGUCCCGAUGUCCUAGGGUCCAACGGCCGGAAUGUCCAAGAGUCCACGGUCACAAUAUCCCAGGAUCCAACAAUCCAAAUGCCCCAGUGUCCAAGGGUCCACGGUCCCAAUAUCCCAGGAUCCAACAAUCCAAAUGCCCCAGUGUCCAAGGGUCCUCGGUCCCAAUAUCCCAGGAUCCAACAAUCCAAAUGCCCCAGUGUCCAAGGGUCCACCGUCCCAAUAUCCCAGGAUUCAACAAUCCAAAUGCCCCAGUGUCCAAGGAUCCACGGUCCCAAUAUCCCAUGAUCCAACAAUCCAAAAGCCCCAGUGUCCAACAGGUCCAGAUGUCAAGGUUCCAACGAUCCUAUCGGCCCUUGGCCCAUGGUCCCAAUAACCCAGGGUCCCCUGCCCCACUUGGAGUAAAGGAACACGUUUGAGGUUUGGGUGGAGAAUAAGGAUAAGCUUGUCAAGGAUACACAUAGAGCUAUUUGUAUUUCAAAAAUUUCAUGUCAAGGUGCGAAAAUAGCCUAAUACAAAAUAUAGGUGAGUUGAAAACUCGAAUCUGAGUAGACUGUGUAGAAAACAAUUCAAGCAAGCGUUACAAACCUUCACCAAACGCAAAGACCCUCUUCUAAACUCUGUAAAUCUCCAAUAAAAUUUAUCAACCUCGACUAAGCAAUAUCAACCUCCAACAAACUCGAUAAACCUCCAUCAGACUAUAUCAACCUCCCCCAAACAUAUCAACCUCUACACAACUCUAUAAACCUCCACCAAGGUCUAUCAACUUCCACCAAACUCAACCUCCAUCAAAUUCUAUUAACCUCCAUCAAACUCUAUCCACCUCCACCAAACUCUGUCAACUUCCACCAGACUCUAACAACCUCCACCAAACAAUAUCAAACUCUACAAAACACUUUAAUCCUCCACUCAACUCUACCAACCUCCACCAAACUCUACCAACCUCCACCAGACUCUAUCAAACCUCCACCAAACUCUAUCCACCUCCACCAAACUCUGUCAACCUCCACCAAACCAUGUCAACCUCCAUCAUUUCUUUACCACGGAGCACGCCGACCGUGUGUUGCCGUGUAGUAUCCUUUACGAAACGUGGACACUCGUCUCUCUAUCGGAGAGAAGAGACACCCGGCUGAAUUCCCCGUCGCCUUUGAGUUUUAAUGAUUUCUUGUCAGACGUCCUACGUCCUCAUGUGUGCCAUCAACAAACAAAACUCAAGAUUCUUUAUGUGCAAGAGAUGCUUCUGAAAGAAAAAUAUGCUUUGAAACCAAUUCGAUUGGAGAUGACCCUUCACCUACGCAAUACACCCCCCCCCACCCCCGGCCUCCAAUCCCCUAAUUAAAAUUAAAGCAAAGACUAUGAUGAAAUCGAUCGCUUUUGGCAUGUCAAUGUUGUAGUAUAGAUAUUUUUAACACAGAGAUCAUUGAUCAAAUUGGAAUAGCCUAAAAAGAAAAGGGGCAACGUGUCCCAAAAGAUCAAUAGCGGACGACACAAAUAAGAAAUUGGGAUCUGUAAGUCGCAGGUUGUUAGUUUUAAAACAUGAAGCGUUAGUGAAUAUUGAUUAAAAAAACAAACAAAAAAAACCUGAUAUAUUUUUUCAAUUGAUUUUUGGUUUCGGCUUAAAAUGGUUGACACUUUAGGAAAUACACAUAUAUGCCGUAUUUCAUUGGUAUUUUUUAAUAGAAAUUUAGAAUUUAAAAAAUAAAUCCAAGGCAUUGUGGUGUUUUAAGUACUGCGCCUGAAUGUGACAAAAAUAGUAGAUGAAUCAAGCGACGUCCGAUCAGGGGUGUGUGUGGAUUAAGUGGAAUAAUCCAGUUAAAACGCUGAACAUGAUUAUAGCUAGCUGGAUACAUUACAAUUAAUUAAAUCCACGUCUCUUCACUGAACAAGGAUUAGCUUGGCAAAGGGAUGGGUUGACAGGGAAAGUGGGGGCUUGACAGGGAAAGUGAUGGGUUGACAGGGAAAAGAGAUGGGUUGACAGGGCAGAGAGAUGGUUUGACAGGAGGGCAAAGAGAUGGGUUGACAAGGCAAAGAGAUGGGUUGACAGGGCAUAGAGAUGGGUUGACAGGGCAUAGAGAUGGGGUGACAGGAGGGCAAAGAGAUCAGUUGACAGCGCAAAGAAAUGGGUUGACAGAGCAAAAUUUCUGUAAGAAUUAAGAUGAGAUUUUAAAAAAAAUAUUUUUUUUUUGACAACGACUUGUAUUAUGUCAUCAGAAGUCAUUCACAGCUCGCCAAGUUAAAAUUUUGAACCAGACGGAAGGAAGUAGUUAGCCUUCGAACUGUGUUAGGGUUUAAUAAGUUA